AACCCCUUAGCAACCAUCAGCCAUAGCAACCGCAAGCCGUGUAAACAAACAACCUCCUCUUGGCUCACAAUGCGGGUUGCAUCUGAAUUCGAUGCAGAGAUCAAGCAGUUAAAAAUCGACAUUGAGAAUGAACAAAAGAUGAAACAGAUGCUUGAUCAGUCCAUUGACGACCUGUGUAAAACUGUCGAGUCCCUCGAAAUACAAGCCCAGUCCACUGAUGUUGGUGAUGAGGACGAAUGGAAGGUGCGUUACUACACACAGGUUGAAGUCAACCGUCAGCUGGAACACCAGCGAGACUGGCUUAGAGAACGUGCACAGGCUGCUAAGGUUAACAACAAAGAAGGCCUUACAGAAUACUUGGCCGACCUGGAUCUAGACAGCUUGACUGAGAAUCAACUAAUCCGCUACCUGAGGCAACUGGAGAAAGAUCGCAACAUCGUACACAACGAAAUCAGAGACACCGAGUGGAAGUUGGACCAGGAGUCGAAGGCCUUCCACAAGUUCAACGACAUACGUAAGGCCUACAUGACGGAGAUCACAGACGCGAUGCUCAACCUGGAGAGCCUGCGCAACAGAAUCAAACUCGUCGAGACAAAUGAAGCAAACACCCUGGCCAAGUGUCCCCGUCAGCUGAAAUAUCUCAGACAACCUUCUUGCAGCAACAUUCAGCCGGACCAACGCGUCCUCGAUCCGAGGAAGGGUCCCAUCAAGAAAACUGCAGCCGUGCGGAGCUUGCCUAAGCUUCAGUCUCCCGACGAGCCCCACACCGUGGACACACAGGUCAUGCCCAGAGACCCUUCCAGACCCGAUAUGCGAGAAUUGUAGCCAUAGCAAGUAGCAAGUGUGUUACGAAGAUGUAAUAUGUGGCAAAAUACGAAUAAAUAGAAUGUGCAC